AUAAAGAAACCCCUGCAGAAAAGCCUGCCGUUCUUCAUCGAGCAGUGGACCGGAAGUCUUUGUGGCGAUGAUGGAUUCAUCAAAACAGAUUAAAAGCCAGGACUCGGGACGGAGGAGAGAUCUGUAGUAGCGUAAGGAGGGGAUGAUGGAGGAUCAGGGGAAUGAUCAGUCGUGGGAUGGAAAUGAAGACGCUGGGAGUGAGGAGGGAAAAUCCUGGCUUUAUUCUUAUGCGGGAUAAAAAAAAAAAAAAGCUGGGAUUGAAAUGAGAUAAACACCAGAAGCACUUUCUCUUUUUCCAUAGGAUCCAUGAUGCGCAUUUCCACAGCAGACGUGCCCUUGGAUUCAGACUCUCUAUAAGCAUCCCAUAAGCAUAGGCACCACAGACAGCAGCAAUGUCUCGCCUGCGCAGGAAGUUCUGCAUAGCCCUCUUCCUCUUUGCUCUCUUCGUCUUCGGCACCAUGAUGGGUUUACGCACCCUUAAGCCCACUGAUGGGUUCUCGGAUCUCGCGCCAGGGAUGGAGCUCGCACCCUUUGUGGGCGGCAAACCGGACCGGCGACCUGCACCCAACCGCGUGGACGUCAGCGACACCAAGAUCGUCUUGUCCAAAGGUGGCCACGAGCACAGCAUUUUUUAUGACGUUCACAUCUUCUAUUAUUUGUGGUACGGUGCACCCCCUGUGGACCGUGCUUACAUCCAUUGGGACCACGUCCUGGUUCCUCAUUGGGACCCCAAAAUAGCUGCCAGCCACCCCAAAGGAAGACACAAUCCACCAGAGGAUAUCGCUUCGAGUUUCUACCCCGAGCUCGGACCCUACAGUUCAAGGGAUCCCAAUGUAGUGGAGUCGCACAUGGCACAAAUCGAAGCAGCGGCUGCAGGUGUAGUCGUUCUCUCUUGGUACCCGCCUGGAGUGGCAGACGAACACGGAGAACCAACUGAGGAUCUGGUGCCUUCCGUAAUGGACGCUGCCCAUAGGCACAGUCUCAAGGUGGCGUUUCACAUCCAGCCUUACCGAGAACGGACAGACCUCAGCGUGCAUGACAACAUCAAAUACAUCAUUGACAAGUAUGGAAACCAUCAUGCUUUCUACAGAUUCAAGUCCAGCACCGGGCGAAUCCUCCCCUUGUUCUAUGUGUAUGACUCGUACCUUACCCCGGCCGAAUCCUGGGCCGAAUUACUCACCAAGCGAGGCUCACACAGUUUGCGAGGAACGCCUUACGAUGGGAUCUUCAUCGGACUCAUCGUCGAAGAACGUCACAAGCAAGACAUCCUGGCGGGCGGCUUCGACGGCAUGUACACCUAUUUUGCAUCCAACGGCUUUUCCUACGGCUCCUCUCAUCAGAAUUGGAAGACCAUCAAAGACUUCUGCGAUGGAAACAACCUGCUUUUCAUGCCCAGCGCCGGGCCUGGUUACGUCGACACGGCCGUUCGUCCGUGGAACAACCACAACACACGGAACCGAGUCAACGGACGCUAUUACGAGACCUCGUUGCAGGCGGCGCUGUCAGUGAGGCCGGAUAUCAUCACGAUCACCUCAUUUAACGAGUGGCACGAAGGUACGCAGAUCGAGAGAGCCGUACCCAAGAAGACUGCUACGCGUCUCUAUUUGGACUACAAGCCCCAUGAACCUGGUCUUUACCUGGAGCUAACGAAGAAGUGGGCUGAACAGUUUAGCAAAGAGAAAGAGCAGUGGCUGUUGUGAUCGGAACAAACCACGUCAUGUUUAGCACAAAUCCUAUAAACCUAAUGUUUAGUUUUGUAUUCAUACUAUUUUAUCGAGCAAGAUUAAUUGUUCCUCCUGACCUCUGUCUGAAUAUUUAUGAGAUUUCCUAGGGCUCACGUUAGACGCCCUUGUUAUUUUAUAGUCUUUUAUUAGAAACUCUGAUUUAAAACGUGGUUUACUCUGCUGGUAGAGUGUGAUCCUAUCUUCCCUUGUAACCCGAACGUGCUUCUAGUGAC